AAACAGAAAAGUAUACUAAAAAUGGUAUGAACAAGGUUUAUUUAAGAUGGUAUCAAAUUGUCUCAAAAUCGAUUGAUUGAGAAAAAGACGCUAAGUUCGCGUUCACUUUAUUAAAUCAUAAUAAUGAAUUGGUUUCACAUCUUCAUUGCACCGAUUUUUCUCAUUGGAUAUUCUGAAUAUCGCAGAGUAAUUGCACAAGUUGUUGAUGGUGAUACGGUUGAAAGGAUUGAAGAUUAUCCAUUUAUGGUUGGAUUAUAUAGAAAUUUAAACAGUACACAUUAUGGAUAUACAUGUGGCGGUACGAUCGUAUCGCAUUGGAAAGUAGUAACGGCAGCACAUUGUGUAUUCAAAAAAACUUCGUUCAACUUGAGAUUUGGAUUACUCAGCUUUAAUGAACGUUAUGACUAUAGAACAAUGAAUGUGGAUGAAAACGACAUAAUAAUUCAUCCAAAAUAUAGCAAAGAAGCUCCUCAUAAUAACGAUAUAGCCGUAAUUCAAUUGAAAGAAAGAUUGAGUUUUGAUGCAAGAGUUAAUAAAAUAGAGAUGCUUGAUGAGAAUUACGUACCCAAGACGAUGGAUAAAGUUACUAUGUUGGGGUAUACCAAAUAUGACAACACCACUGAAAGAGAUGGUGAAGAUAACAACUAUUAUCUACAAAUAGUUAAUUCAACAAUCCACGACUUUGAAGACUGCCGUGUCUUAUAUUCCAAAAAUGAUAACUGUUUCAAGGAACUAUUCAAAAAAGAAGUGCGAUUGAUUUGUGUCGCUUUACGUAAAGGAAGAGAAAAUAAAAAAUCCCCCCAUAACACAAACAGAGGCGACUCGGGCAGUCCAAUAAUAACACCGGAUAGAAAAUUUCUUGGUUUAAAUUCCUUAUACAUUCUUAAGUAUCCAGAAAUUUGUGUUCUAAUUCCUGCAUAUCGUGAUUUUAUAGCUAGUCCGAGGGCGAUUAGCAGCAGUGCUGCUGAAGAAAAUGGCAGAUUGAUUUUCAAUAUCCAAGAUCAUCCAUAUAUGGCUGCUUUGCUCUAUACAAAAAUAUCUAUUUUUUCAAAUACUCCGUAUAUAAGCUGUGGUGCAACUAUCAUUUCAAGUUCAAAGAUUUUGACAAUUGCUUCUUGCGUUCAGGAUAUACGUUCUCUGAAUUUACUGGUCUCGACCAUCAAUACAGAUGAACCAUAUUAUCAACUAAAAAUCUCUAGACAAGAGAUUCACAUUCACCCGAAAUACAACAAGAGCACAUUUGCCAAUAAUAUAGCUUUGCUUGAGCUUAAGACACCGCUAAAAUUCGGCCCGAAGAAAUUGAUUGGUAAAAUAGAUAUGAUCGACAGAAAUCGUUUGGCAAGCAUUAGACCGGGGAAGGAUGUCUUCGUGCUAGGAUACACGGAAUCAAAACAAUAUGAUAGAGAGUACACCGAUACCCAUCUCAGGUAUAUGAACGCUAAAAUUGUCAACUUUGGAGAAUGUCGAAAAUUGUAUGCAGAAAGAAAUAAGAAAUAUGUGUUGGACGAGAAACGUCAAUUUUGCAUUACUUUCGGGGGAAAUAGCACAACUGCACACUUUUAUGGAGGACCGGUUAUUGCCAGAGACAGUAAAAAUCUUCUUGGUUCGAUAGCGAAUGAUUUGAAUGGGUUACCAAAAAUCGUCUCUUCAGUUAUUGGGCACCGUGCAUUCAUUGAUAGUCCAAGAGAUUAUCGUGAAGUCAUCAACGAAAGCGGUAAAUUUUCAUAUUCACAAAAUUUUGAAUUGCGAGGACGACCCGCUGGAUCGACUAGUCAACCGAUUGAAACACGUAAACGAACCGGUGUUCAAGGAGUCGGUGAUCCAUCAAUUGGCCCGAGUAGACAAACCGUUCAAUCAACUGAUGAAUCAACAACUGACGGUACUUUGGUGGACAAUAUUGAAGGCUAUAAAUAUAUGGUUGGAUUAAAAGAUGAUGGAUUUCUAUGUUCUGCAGCUAUAUUAACGAAUUACCAGAUAAUUGCUGCCGCACAUUGUUUGAGAGACAAAAAGUUCGUUAAUUUAAUUCUUGGUUCUUUAAAUUUGGGCGAACCAUUUCAAACACAAAAUUUUACGGACAAGCAAAUCAUUUUGCAUCCAGCAUUCAAUAGCGAGGUGCCGUGCGUAAACGAUAUAGCUGUAAUUCAACUGAAAAUAAAGUUGAAAUUUGGUCCAAAAAUUGGAAAAUUGGAUAUAAUUGAUAGAAAUUAUGUUGCAAAACCAGGAGAUAAUGUCACGAUGCUAGCAUAUGUAAACAAUCGAUUGCAUACAAUCAAUUCAACAAUUGGGGAAUUUGAAUCAUGCCGAUCUUCGUAUCAAGAGAGAAACAAUGAUGAUCCACAGUUAGAAAAAGAACGUCAAUUUUGUAUAACUUUCGAUGGAAAAUAUGAUGGGGGACCUGUUAUCAAAGGAAAUAAAAUCAUUGGCAUCGUUUCAAAUGGCAUUGGUGAUGGGUUUCCUGAAGUUUGCAGUUUUACCAAUGGAUACAGAGAAUUUAUCACCAAUCCCAGGAUCUACUCAAUGAACUAUCGCCAAAAUCAAAAACCUACUCCGAAGAAAAAGUCGUCAUUUAGAAAAUGUAUGCCCAAAUCUUAGGUGUUUAAGGAGGAAAGUAAAUUGAAAAAUAUUAUCAAGCUGCAGAAAGUAAAUUGAAAAAUAUUUUUGUAUUAUAUGAUUUUUAUAUAUUGUGACGUAUUUUUGUAUGGAUGCAAUGACUACAUGAUAUCACAAUGAUAUGAAACUUUGCUAAGACCAUGUUUUACAAAAAAAGAACAUUCUAAGAGUUUGAAGAACUUUCAAUUAAAAAUAAAGGUACUUCCCAUAUUAAAUUUUCAA